AAACAGCGAUGCCGGCGACAAAAACGUCUAAAACAAAGAAGGUGAAAGCCGGGAAAGGGAAGAAAGAUGGAAAACAAGAUUCCAAAACGGACAAAGAGUCCGACGUGGAGAAGGCCAAGGACAACGCAGCGCUGUGGGAGCUGAGGUUAAAGGUCACCAACCAGUCCCUGGCAGAGUACCAGAAAGCUCAUCAUCAGCUGUCCGUCACCCACGAGGAGCUCACGAGCCACCUGUACCGCAAGGAGAAGGAUACCCUGGACAUGACGGAGCACUGGGAGAGACAGGUGGCGUCCAGGGACCACCAGAUCCGUCUGCUUGAAGAAUCCCUCAGAAGUCAAGAGGCACUUUAUUGUGAAGAGAAAAGCAAACUGAUAAAGGACAUCAGCAUUGCUCAGGAAGAAGCGGAGAAGAUGAAGGAGAUCGGAGCCCAGUUGGAGCAAGAACUCAAUGACACCAAACACAACAUGAGGAUUGCUGAAGAAGAGCACAAGAAACAGCUACACAAAACAGAGACGAGACACUUUGAAGAAAAGGCUCGCCUGGAGAAGGACAUGACGGACCAGUGCAAUCAGAAGAUGGCCCUGGUGGAGCUGGACCACCGCGAAGCCACGGCGCAGUUGGAGGCGGCGCUGCAAGCCGCAUUCAAGGAGCGAGACUGCCUGAUGGAAGCACUGAGGAGUCACAAGCAGGAAGUGCAGGACCUGCAGAAACUGUCAAACUCUCUCGCAGAGGAAAACAUGGCGCUGGCCCUGGACAAGGACAUGCUUGAGUUGACGGUGAAGGAGAACGCGGCUCAGACGGAGGCCCAGAGGAAGAAGCAGUCCGAGCUGAGGAGCAAGGUGGCCUCCCUGAAGCAGGCGCUCCAGCAGCAGGCUGCGGAGCUGGAGCGGCGGGAGGAGGAGGAGAAGGCCCACCUGGUCAGCAUCCAGGCCGGCCAGGUGGAGCUGGACAAGCUGCAGAAGGUCCUCGCCAUGCGCGAGAAGGAGCUGGGCUGCGUCGCGCAGCUCGCCAGCGCGGUGGAGGAGAAGCACGGCGAGGUGCAGGAGUUCUUCCACGAGGCGCUGGCCCACGUCCGGCAGCAGAUCGCCGCCAGCAGGUGCCAGUACAAGAAAGAGGCGCUGAAGGAUUACCGCCUGAAGUUCAGAGAGGCCACGGCGGGAAAGACCAAGUUCCCGCCCGUCCGCACCUUCCAUAAAAGUCCCCACAGCACCAACUCGGUCUAUUCAGACAUGGAGGCAGCCUCCACAUGGACUUAUCCUCCAGGCAGCAAAGUCAGACUGUCGGAUCUCACUUGGGAGCAGAAAGAACAAGUGCUUCAGCUUCUCUUCGCUAAAAUGAACGGGCUGAAAGAAAGGUAAUGAAAUGCCCCAGCCGCUGGUUUGUUUGGACUUUGCGAAGCUUUGCUCCAUCAGCUUCAGCUCAGAUGACACAUUACAGUCCGUUUGCAAUCCCCCCAAAGUGAAGCAAAGCUUCUGCAUCAAUU